ACGUCCCCUUGGUGGGACGUCACAGCAGGCUCCGCCUCUGUAGCAGCCAGGCGGACUGACGCGGCCGCCCGGGUCAGUUAGCACGUUCGGCCGAACCCACGACGCGCCCUUCUCGCUACAGCGGGGAUACCGCUCGGACAUUGGAUAAAGUGCAACAAUGGCGACCUGUGAAAAGUAGUUAGUGGAGCCGAGAGUGACUGCAGCCACAGUCCCCGUCUGUCCCCAUCACCCGGCUCCAGCCUCUGAAGUGAACUGCCCUCGUCCUGCCCUCCCCUCACUCCUUCAAAGUGCCUGGAAGCUAGUGAUACAAGGACACAGGCAAACAACCACAUUGUGGCAGUUAAAGGAAGCAAUCCAGUCUGGUAAACCUUCAGAGGGACCAUUCCACUCAUCAGGAGCACAAAAUGGGGAACCAGUUAACGGAAAUUGCCCCCAGCACCCCGUUCUUCCCCAGCUUCCAGCCUCUACACGUUGUGGUGAUCGGCCUGGACUCGGCAGGGAAAACCUCCCUCCUCUACAGGCUCAAGCUGGGGGAGUUUGUUAAGACUAUCCCCACCAAAGGCUUCAACAUGGAGCGGAUUAAAGUGCCCAUGGGGAGCCCCAAAGGUAGCGACACGGCGUUCCAGGUGUGGGACGUGGGCGGCCAGGAGAAACUCCGGCCUCUGUGGAAGUCGUACACCAGGCGGAUGGACGGGCUGGUGUUCGUGCUGGAUGCAGCCGAGGCAGAGCGCAUGGAGGAGGCCAAGGUGGAGCUCCACCGCAUCACCCGGUCGGGGGAGAACCAGGGAGUGCCCCUCCUGGUUCUGGCAAACAAACAGGACCUGCACGGAGCCAUGUCGGCUUCAGAGGUGGAGAAGCUUCUGGCUCUCCACGAGCUGAGCACGUCCACGCUGCACCACACACAGGGCUGCUCGGCGCUGGAUGGUCAGGGCCUUCAACCCGCCCUGGAGAUACUCCACCAGAUGAUCGUGAAGAGGAAGAAGGUGCUCCGACACAGCAGGAAGAAGAGAUGAGGCAGAGAUGGCCUGCUGGGAUGAUGAAGGUUUCCUUUGAACGCUACAGCUGCUUUGACACCUCGGCAACGUCCGAAGGAGAAGCCAGAAGAUGUCACUGCGUCAGACUCUUCCUCCCCCCCUUGGCUCUCAGUUCUGUUACACAUAAACGAUGACCUGCUCACGUUGGGAGCACAGCAGAGACGAUGCAGCUCAGGGGGGAACCAGAUGAAAAUAUGUGCAAUACACCAUAAACACUCCAAUGUUGAAGUAUAUUUUCUACCACUACUUAUGUAGUCUGCAGUGCUGGCCCGAGCCCAGGUCCUGCUCCUGUUCAAUGUCCACAUGUAUGUUGCAUGACUUUUACCCAGAAACCUGCUUAAGGAGUCCUGAGACCGGCUCAUUUCCAGGUGGGUGUGUCAUCUGGGAGUGCAGCUACGCACCAUUGUUAUGUCACCUGAUACUCCAGAAUCCAGCUGUGCAAGUUUAGGUCCGUGUGUCACUCCUCACCAAAGCUCUUUAUAUCAGGUUGGAUUCAAUAGUUGGUUGGUUGGUUGGUUGGUCAUUUCAAAUUAGUAAUUGUUUUUUAUGUCGUGUGCAUUAAAUCAACAUGAAUAAAUUAUUGAGCAGCUUUGGCAUUAAAGGUCAAGGUCUUUAUUUAAUGUGUGUUGCUUUGACAAAAUUAAAAGUUUGGCUCCUCCCCCAUGCUCUAAGUGGUGAUGACUGACUGGUACUAAUGUCACAAUACAUCGGCAUCUCAAACUGCCUUUAUUAUGGUCUCACCACACACCUCAUAGAGUACUGUGAGAACAUUUGGUACCGUGGUGACUCAAUGUCUCCACAACGCCAGGUGAAUUGGUAACAGUGAUUCACGCGACAAUGUACUCCAAACCUACUCUAGCAGUUACUUGGUGAAAGUAGAGCGCUUGGUGCGUCCACCAAGCUGGCUCAGAUGGGAAGGAUGGAGACACGCUUUGUGACAGUCAUCUUCUACGCAUACGUGUAAGUCUGCUGUCGCUCCUGGAUCACUGCUACUACUUUAAUGUCUGUGUGCCCACAGAUUAGUAGAAUUGUAAAGAAAUAAAGGACAUGCAAUCAGUCAAA